AGUGGAGAGGGAUAAUUGUCAACAAUUGUCAACCAUAACUGAUGUCUGGUGAUGAUGAUGAUGAUGACAACUGUCAAGACUCAAGAUAAUAACAAUACAUAAACAAUACAUAAAUUAAUUGGAGAUUAAUUUGUAAACAAUAAUAUCAAAUUUAGAUCAUCAAAGUAAAUCUAUAUGGCUGCUAUUGAAAAAGUUAAAAUUAUUGUUGUUGGAGAUUCUGGUGUUGGUAAAACAUCAUUGACCCAUUUGAUAUGUGAAAAUCAAUCAAUGAAUAAUCCAUCAUGGACAGUUGGUUGUUCAAUUGCAGUUAAGCUACAUGAAUUUAAAGAAGGUACACCAAAUCAAAAACGUUAUUUCAUUGAAUUUUGGGAUAUUGGUGGUAGCCAAAGUCAUCAAAAUACAAGACAUGUUUUUUACAAUCCAACAAAUGGAAUAAUAUUAGUACAUGAUUUAUCAAACCGUAAAUCACAACAAAAUUUACAAAAAUGGCUAGAAGAAGUUAUAAGCAAAGAUGGAACAAUUGGAAAAUCCAGAUCAUUUGAUGAUUUUGAUCCUGAAAAAUUUGUGGGUUCAACACAAAUUCCAAUUCUAGUUGUUGGUACUAAGCUGGAUUUGGUUCCAUCAAAAUCCCAAUUACACAGAAGAUCAUCAACAAUUGCUGAAGAAUGUGGAGCAGAUGAAAUAUUUUUGGAUUGUCAUCAAGCUAGAUCAUUAGCAGCUGGCAAUACUUUGUCAGUUAAAUUAAGCAGGUUUUUUGACAAAGUCAUCGAAAGACGUUAUCAUAGUAACAGAGAAGGCACAAGCCCUGACAAAAGAAGACUACCAAUUUAUAAUUCAGCCUAUAAUGCAAAAAUUUAUCAUCAUGACUGAUAAUAAUUUAUUUAUUAUAUAAAUUAAAAACAAAUUAUUUAAAUCGUGAUAUUUAAAAAGACCUAAAAUUAUUUCUACUGGUCAUUGCAUUUAUUUAUAUAUAUUUUUAACAUUCCUAUUUGAUAAAUAACAAUAAUAAAAUGUAAAAAAAUAAAAUUGACAAUUUUUUAAUUAAAUGUAUAAUCAAUAAUUGGUCUAAUCAAUCAUUGUACAUUAAUUAAAGAAAAAAAAAAAAAAAAUGUGUUUUAAAUAAAAGCUAAAAAACAAAAUGACAAAAA